AUGAGCAAAAAGUUUAAUUCUCGAGGGAAACGAAUUGUUGAAAUGAGUUUGAGUAAAAAUGCACUUGAUGUCAUGCCCAACAGCUCAUCAACUUUAUCUGGUAACAUACCUGCUUUUGCUUCUCACGAUACUGAACACUGUUUCUUUGACAGUGAACUACAAAAAGUUUUACCAACUACCCUUAGUAUUGAUCCUAACUCAAACCUCGUCAUUUUAACAACACCUACUAAUAACAAUGAUUGUGACAUGACCCAAAGCAAUAAUGAAGACGCUCAGAUAGACAUAAGAAGUUUAUCUGUAGUUCUUGAAACGUCUCUCGCCACUGAAAGUUGUCACGACACAGUUGCUUUUUCCAACACUGGCCCUUCCACUAUAGAAUUCACUAAUGACAUAAAUAGUGUAUAUUGUGCUAAUACGGAUUCAGCACUUCUUGGAAACAGCCUACCUAGUACUAUUAAUAUCAUUGGCGCUGAUCAAAACUCGAAUAUAGAUGUUCAAGAGCUCCAAUGCACUACAGAAUCUUCUGACCCUAUGCCUAGCACAUCUACUGGCAUGGUUUUUACAAGUACUGUCUGCAAUGUCGAAAGUUAUGAAGGACACAACAGCGACAGUUGUUCAACUACAAAUAGUAAUAUUUCAUUGAAUUUGAUUUCGAAUCAGCAACAUAAAAACCUUAAUGAAAUUGAAACCUGA